GAGAGAGACGGGUGGAUGGACAGAGAGAGAGAGAGAGACGGGUGGAUGGACAGAGAGAGAGAGAGACGGGUGGACAGAGAGAGAGAGAGAGACGGGUGGACAGAGAGAGAGAGAGAGACGGGUGGACAGAGAGAGAGAGAGACGGGUGGACAGAGAGAGAGAGAGAGACGGGUGGACAGAGAGAGAGAGAGAGACGGGUGGACAGAGAGAGAGAGAGACGGGUGGACAGAGAGAGAGAGAGACGGGUGGACAGAGAGAGAGAGACGGGUGGACAGAGAGAGAGAGACGGGUGGACAGAGAGAGAGAGAGAGACGGGUGGACAGAGAGAGAGAGAGAGACGGGUGGACAGAGAGAGAGAGAGAGACGGGUGGACAGAGAGAGAGAGAGAGACGGGUGGACAGAGAGAGAGAGAGAGACGGGUGGACAGACAGAGAGAGAGACGGGUGGACAGAGAGAGAGAGACGGGUGGACAGAGAGAGAGAGAGACGGGUGGACAGAGAGAGAGAGAGACGGGUGGACAGAGAGAGAGAGACGGGUGGACAGAGAGAGAGAGACGGGUGGACAGAGAGAGAGAGACACGGUGGACAGAGAGAGAGAGAGACAGGUGGACAGAGAGAGAGAGACAGGUGGACAGAGAGAGAGAGACACGGUGGACAGAGAGAGAGAGAGACAGGUGGACAGAGAGAGAGAGAGACAGGUGGACAGAGAGAGAGAGACACGGUGGACAGAGAGAGAGAGACACGGUGGACAGAGAGAGAGAGAGGUGGACAGAGAGAGAGAGAGGUGGACAGAAAGAGAGAGAGACGGGUGGACAGAGAGAGAGAGACGGGUGGACAGAGAGAGAGAGACACGGUGGACAGAGAGAGAGAGAGACAGGUGGACAGAGAGAGAGAGACAGGUGGACAGAGAGAGGGAGAGAGAUGGGUGCAUAGAGAAAGGGAGAGAGAGAGAGACGGGUGA